AUGCAGAGGAUGCAGUUCCGCCAGCUCUCAGUGGUUGAGGAGGCCUCCGAAGUCGACGGUGUUCUUCAAACGGACGAGACUCUCUGUGUCUACUCCCCUGAACGUCUGGAGAAUCAGCAACUCAACUCCUCUGCCUCCUUUCCAGCAUCUACUCCGGCUUCCUCUGGUCGUCCGCCUGAUCAGUUUAGUUGCCUGUCUGUCUCUGCGGCACCGGAGACGGAGACAAAGGAAAUUAACCGGGGUUUCACAACUAUCAGUCCACUGUCACGGGGUUUCAUGGGUGAUGGAGCCAUGUCCUCAUCCGAAGUCACCACUGUUCACUGUCUGCAUGACAUGCCUUAUACUCCCAAGUCGCCGACGACGGACAGGUCGGACUCGGCUAUCUCGGUUACUUAG